CCGUUACGCACUUGUCGUCGACAUGACGUCAGUGAUGCCCUUGCAGACAGCCGGGCCAGCGACACCCCACCACGUCGUCCCCGUGGCCUGGCACACGGGCUCUCUCGUCGUUAGCGUCCUCCUCUGCCUCAACGUCGUCUCGACGCCGCUCAAGGCCUACUUGUGCGAAGCCCUUCCGUGGCAAAUCGACGACCUGCCCGAGCUUUAUGAGUCGAGCACCACACCGUGGACAACGAAAGAAGCGCACUUGCUCGCUUUCUUUAGCACCCUGUACAACAACGACACGCUCUCUCCUCGGGCCGUGUAUUUCACUGAUGUCCGAACGUCGACAGUCGGCUAUCGCGCGCACUUGCGCCGGCCACAGGCUGUCUCCAACUGCGACGUGGAUGUGCUCACUGCAAUCGACGGCGGCCUCUUCGUGGCCGAAGCAGCCCGAAAUACGUUUUGCGCUUACGUUGCUACACCACCCAGCAAUGCGUCGACGAUGGGCUCGUGCUUUGCAACUACCGUCCUGCGGUCAGUCGAGGGCUACGUUUGCAUCUGGAGUGUCCUUGCGGACGACGCACCACGCCUCGAGAACGAUGCUCGCAUCGAAGUGCUCUAUACGGGGUUUCGGCUCCAUGGUUCGAGCGCCUUUCUCUGGUUCAAGCUCGUCUACCGCAGUCUCUUGACGUUCUAUCUGGUGUACCUCGUAUGGCGACAUUACUAUGCGCAUUAUCGAACGCUACGCGCGCAGUGCCGACACCUUCCCCAUGCUACGCGGUGUCUCCUUCUCGUCGGCGACCCCACCAGCAUUGUCCUCUUGCACCCGCUUGUCUGCUUUGGUCUUGUCGUCGACACGUGGCUGAGUGUCAACAUGGUCGGUGUUGAGAUCAUGGCGCUUUUGCAACUCCGGGACCUAUGGCAGUUUGCCCUCGGCUACUUUUACCUCUCGCGCUGCGUGUGGUUUUGCUAUGCGUUUCUAGCCAUCGCGUCGGCGGUCCUCAAGCGGUAUCACAUCGAGCACUCGUUCUCGCCCGUCGACCCGACGCUGGUCGCGGUCGCGGCUACGCUCGUCGUCGGUCCGAUGACGUACCUCCAAGGUCACAGCGCGCUCAUUCAAGUUUACUCGUGGCUGCUCAAUGUCUCGGCCAACUCGCCACAUGCCACCGAAGGCAUUUACGCAAUUUUUGUCUACACGAUCUCGAUCGGACUCCUUCCGAUCGGCUACGGCGUCCUCCACCGACAGUGCCGACGCACGCCGACUUCGGCCAAUGCCGUGUACUAUGCCGCGUUUUGGUUCAACGACUGGAAGCACCGUGUGCUGUUGCACCUCGAAGCGCUUUUUCUGGGCCUGGGUCGCAUCGAAAGACGAACUGGCGGCUCGAUCUACGCAGUCUUUGCACGCUACCCAGACUUUAAGCAGUCGCCGUGCAUUAGCCAGCGCGGCGCCGACGCGUACGUAGUCAUCUAUGAUGCAACGGGCCCUGUCGAGUGCAAGCGGCUGAGCCUUCUCGCCAGCGUUGACGCGCGACCGCACCACUGCCGCAUCGAAAUCGUGCGCUGCCGCGGGACACAAGUCUUUGGCCACCUCGAGCUCCAAACGUCCAAAGCGACGGGCAUGGUCGCGUGCGUUGCGUACACAUCGUUGAACGGAGAUAGUCCGUGGCUCGAGUAG